AUGAUUCAUUCAGAUGAAGAGAGUAUAAACAGUUUCACACCAUAGUCAGGGUAUUUUUAUUCAUUUAUAAACAAGACAUUAAGAGAAUAAUGAAGAAUUAAGAAAUAGAGACAAUAAAAAAUAUGCAAUAAUUGAUUAAUCUGUUCGUAUUCAAUUAUUACGUCGGAUACUCUCGAAAUAAUCAACAAUAAAAGAGGCAGCUUAAGAAUUUGGAAUAAAUUUCUCAACUGCUAAGGCAAUAUUGUAAACUUAUAGAAAAGAAGGUCGUGUAGGUAAGAAAAAGACAAGAGAUCGAAAUAAGAGUAAAUAGGAUUUAGGAGAUUACAAUCAGACUAGAAAGAUUUAAUCGAUGUAUAAUCUCGAAUAACCUUUAUAAAUAAAAACCAUGUCUCCUGAAAUGAAACCUUAAGUUCAACCUUAUUAAUAAAUAAUGAUUCCAGUAAUGAGUACACCCAAUCUUGAUAAUACAUAAAUUGCUUUGGCUUAUUGUUAAAGAGAGUUGGCUUAACAAAAAAUGGUAAAUUUUUAAUUAAUGAUGAUGAUCUAAGUAAAUAUAAUCUAAAUAAUUUUAGAACUUCUAAAAUAUUACACAAUUAUAAGUCAAAGAAGAAUCUAACAUAAUUAAUUGA